AUGAAUCUACCUAAAAACGACUGGUCGCAGCCUGAUAACGACCAGUCGCUUAUGACUCUGCCAGAAAACUACCGGUCGCAGCUUGGAAGCAACCGGUCGCUCCCUGAAAACCAGCCUUUGCCUGAUAUGUCAUCUCCUUGCUGUCCAACUCAGGAGGAGGAAACUGAUGAGAUUUUGCCCACUUUGGAGACUUCUUCAGCUCCAGUACCACACCAAUCACUUGUUGAAGAUGUCAUUCAGAUAACAUCUUGUCCAAAAAUUGAUAAUACUAAUAAAAUAUCCCAUGAUAAUUUGAUUUCAGAAGGCACAAAGCCUACAUAUCAGCUUCUAGAAAGGAAGAACCAUGGCAAACCUCGAGUACAAUAUGAAGCAGAUCUUAAAGCCAAAGGAAAAUACCUCAUCAAUAAUUAUAUAUCUCUCAGCAGAUUAUCAGAGUCACGUGUGCACUAUGUGAAGCAGUUGGCUGACAUAUCUGUCCCCAACAAUGUAACUGAAGCACUAAAAGACCCAAAAUGGAAAGAAGCUAUGAAUGAAGAAAUGCAAGCUCUCCAAAAGAAUGUCAGAUGGGAACUCGUGCCCUUACCUAAUGGAAAGAAGACAGUAGGAUACAGGUGGAUUUAUACUGUGAAACUCAAAGCAGAUGGGUCCGUUGAAAUAUAUAAAGCUAGAUUGGUGGCGAAAGAGUACACACAGAGAUAUGAAAUAGACUACAAGGAGACCUUUGCCCCAAUAGCCAAGAUUAACACUAUUAGAGUCCUAUUGUCUCUAGCAGCAAAUCUUGAUUGGCCACUACAUCAGUUUGAUAGUAAUGCAGAUCACACUUUGUUCUUGAAACGUGAUGGAAGAAGACUUACUGCAUUGAUUGUUUAUGUGGAUGACAUAGUCGUAACUGGAAACGACAAAGGAGAGCAACUAAAACUGCAGAAGUAUUUGUCUCAGGAAUUUGAGAUGAAGGAUUUAGGAAUACUUGGAUGCAAACCUGCUGAUAUACCCAUCAAGAUGAAUCACAAUUUAUGUGAAGACAUGGAUCAAGAACCAACCAAUAAGGAACAGUACCAACGCCUUGUUGAAAGAGAUAUCGAAGUUGUUGGAUAUAUAGAUGCUGAUUGGGCUGGCUCAGUUACUGAUAGACGCUCUACUUCAGAUUACUUCACUUUUGUGGGAGGUAACCUAGUCACUUGGCGGAGUAAUAAACAAAAUGUGGUUUCUCGGUCUAGUGCUGAAGCAGAGUAUCGAGGAAUGGCUUAUGGAGUUUGUGAAUUACUAUGGAUCAGAAGACUAUUGACAUAA